AUGUCUGGUGUCCCCAAUCCUUACGGCGGUCGUCGACAAGACGAUGAUGAUGAUGAUGUAGGUGCUGAUCGAAGUCACACGCUGAGCUUGGCGAGCUCUCAAUUCGAUUCACCGACUGUAGUGCACAGCAAUUAUUCUCCACGCGACAGUUAUGGGUUGCCCGGUCCAUCGUUGGAAUCGGGUAGCAGCACGGCUGGCAAUUGGCUGCGCAUGGACGAUGGCCUAUUGGACGAUUCCUCGCGUGAUUUACCGUCUUAUCAGGAACUUAGUGUACAAGAACAAGACAAGAAACCUCCACCUCGAGGCCAAGAACCCCCGGCCAGUAAAAACGACGAAGCCACGAGCGUCUUGUCCACGGACCACCACGAUUACACUCCCAGCUUUUAUAGUACGGGAUCGUCGGGUAGAUACGAACCUCCUGCUACCAAGGAAGAAUCGGGCAGUGUCUUGUCGACGGAUUUGAAUUUUGGUUUUAAUAAUAACAACAACCACCAUAACAACAACAAUUAUGGAAUCAGUGGUGGUACCAAUAGCAACAAUAGCAGUGUCGUGGCCACAUCCAACAGUGUCACCAUGAGCGGUGACAGUGGCAUUCGAGGCAGUCAAAUUGCCGCCAAUAAUUCGGGAUCUGGAAUUGGUUCUACCCAUACGGCCGGUGAAAGCAGCACGCUGAGCAGCAGUCAAUUAUCGGCACCGCAACCCAACGACGACAAAUCCAUUUUCGUGCCUCCCAUGGGAUCCAGUAUUCUUCCUACUUAUCAGCAUUAUCAAAAGAGCCAUAACUACAACAAUAGCUACAACAACUACAGUAAUACAGAAGGCACCACCAUUGUUCGCAACAACAAGACGGUGCCACCGAUUGCCGAAGAAGAUUAUCCAAAUAAUCAUUACGACAGCAGUGUCGCUGCCCGGCCCGUCGAAUCCAUGAUCGAAAAAGACGUCGCGAACGAAAUGGAGGAAGGACAGCAACGAAAAAUGGCAAACAUGAUUCGAAUCAUGUACGUGGCCGUGGCGUUGGUCGUCAUUAUUGGAAUCAUUGUGGUCGUCGUUGUCGUCACCACUGGCGGCAACGACAGCAGCAACGCCACUACUGAAGCCAUGGCGAAUGGCGAACCCUUAUCGGCGGCGUCUGCCAUGACAAUGGUGCCGUCCGCAGCUACAACGGCACCGACUGGCUUGGACGAUAGUAUUGGGGAUUUGGAUGAAGGUGUUUUACCCCCGACGACGUUGGCUCCGAUUGUACCAUCCGAAAACGAGACACCGACAACCACCAGCCCAACGGCAGGAAUAAUGGCCACUCCUGUGCCGACCCCAAUGCCUACGGAAAAACCAACAAUUCUCGUUACCACCACGACUCCAACCGUUGCCACGGAAAUACCCACAUUGAGUGUCACAUCCAACAGCCCAAGUUUCGCAAGUUUUGCCGCUGGGGUGGACUUUACAGCACCGGACGACGGAGAUCCCAUUACGAUUCCGAACCCUGAUGAAAAUGCCUUCGAGGAAGUGGUAACGACCAAUACACCUGCGACGACAAACACACCAACCAGCAUCCUAACAACAAUCACACAAGCACCGACAGGAGCCCCAUCGACCAACCCGUUCGUUCCCGUCCCCACUAUUAAUCCGGUCACAGACCUGCCUGCAGUCUUCACCCAACCGCCUGUCAUUGAUCCUUCUUUGGAUACAUCCCUGCCUCUUCCCUUUCCCUCUACGACAAGUCCUUCGCCGGCUGGUUCAGAGCUGGAUAUAAUAGCGCCUCAUGUCGAUCCGAACGUGGAUCUAUCGCCUGUAACGCUACAACCAACACCACAUCCCACACCAGCAUUGACAACAACAACAAUGGAAUCUGGUGGUAUGAGUGCCACACCGUAUCCCACAACACCAGCAGCACUAGUAACCCCAUCACCCUCAUUGAUUGGGAUCCUCCCAGACUACACCCUCAAAUCGCUAGAGGAACCAAAUUCACCCCAGUCGUUGGCUUUGCUUUGGGUGCAAGGUCUCCCAGAAUACGAGAAUUUUAGUGAUGCCAGAAGGCUGCAGCUAUUUGCUCUGACCACUUUUUACAUUUCCUUUCAAGGUGAGGAAUGGACCUCAGAAUUCGAUUGGAAUCUGGAAGCCGUCGGCGAUGGAGAGUGUUUUUGGUCGGAACAUGUGGCUUGCAAUGCGAGUGGUUUCUACACGGUUCUCGAGUUGGAUGACCAGAAUCUUCCAGAGGCGACAAUGCCUCCGGAGAUUGCCUUGUUG